AUGGCUGGUCCCGGCGGUGGCCCUCCUCGUCGCAGCCACACCAAGUCCCGAAAGGGCUGUGAGACCUGCAAACGUCGACACAUUCGAUGUGAUGAGACCUUCCCUCAAUGUCGCAACUGUACCAAGCACAAGAUCAGGUGUCCCUACAAUGACAUUCCUAUGUCUGACGAGCGCUCCGGCUCGCCUGAUCAACCUGAUCUGAUGUGGACCCCGGAGUCCAGGGCUGUCGUUGAGCAAUGGCAGAACACCGGUGUCUUUCCCUUCCCGGGAAUGAACAUCUUCCCGACUCCCAACUCACAGUACCUUUCCAUUGAAGACUUGAGGUUGAUACAUCACGUCGCUUCCAUCAGCGAUCAGAUGCUAAGCAUGGAUGCCGAUGGCUUUACUCUGUGGACUCGCCAGAUUCCCACGCUCAUCAAGAUCGGCGCUACGACCCCCUAUGUUAUGCACGCGCUGCUAGCCUUUUCGGCCAUGCACAUCGCUUUCCUCACGGAUUGCCCUCUCGUUGGCAACAUGGCGUACGAGCAUCGUGGUAUUGCAUUGAAGGGUCUGCAGGAAGCCAUUGGCACAUUCUCGAGGGAAACUUCAGACGCCAUACUUGCGGCUUCACUGGUGCUUUCUUGGCAAGCUACUGAUUGGCGCAGCUGGACCCAUCUCAUGCAGGGCACUCGAGUGGUGAUGGAGGCAAUGGAGCCUUGGAAGCACGAGUCCCAAUUCGGCGACUUCAUCGCUGAGAGCAGCACGUUCCCGACCGCGCCCCCGUCGCCCACCCCUGACCAUAAACCUAGCCAGCCGCACCAAGAGGACAUUGACGCCUUUCAACGCACUCUACAACAACUGCAGAAGCUUGAAAGCCAUAUGAAGCAGAUUCGGGAGGAUCCCAAGGCGGUCACACAACUGAUCACAUUUUUGAAGGGUGCGCGCAAAGUCAGCCCGGCGUUUAACGUUGCCCAACAGUUCGAGCGUCUCCGCGACCUGAGGACCUGGCUCUUCUGGUUGCCCGUCGACUUCCUUCAGCGUCAGCGAGUCCCAACCGCCAGUUCUCUCCUGAUAAUUGCGCACUAUUACACUGUCGCCCUCAUCAUGGAGCGCCUGUUCCCAGAGAUCGGCGCGGCCUACUUUGGCAGCAUGUCGAUUGCCCCCGUCGAGGAGAUCGCGCGGCGUCUGCUAUCAGUCAACGUCUCGGGCAACAUGAACGAUGUCUCCUCGCCCCUGCCGCUCAUGGAGUUCCCUAUCGAUACGGUGAAGGAGUUCCGUUCUCGCAUGGGAUUUGCUCACCCCGUCCGCACACCAUCGUUCCCUCAGUUCGACCCGCCCAACUUCUACGUUCCGCAUAGCGCGCCGAUGCAGCAGAUGCCCGUAACGACUGCCGAAUACGGACCUUACGGGACCACACCGGCUUUCAGCUACAGCACCGAAGACCUGUCCGUCAUCACGGCUGACCAUCUCAACACACCGGUGACGGGUCCCACCAGCGCCAUCAGCCCGCUGCAAUUGUCGUCCCCGUUCACAAAUCAUCAGUACCUGAACAUCCCGAGCCCUUCGUAUGGCGGAUAUAGCCCUGCAUCUAGCACAUUCGGCGGCGACUUUAACGACUUUUCUGCCGAGUUUGGUGACAACUCGUCCAUUGGCUACAGUGACCAUGAGGAUUUUGCAUACAAUGAUAUGGGUUUCGGCACCCCGAUGAUGGGAGGUUCGAGCAACUUUGGAGCCGGCCACGCCUUGAUCGGUCGGGCGUCCGACGCCUCAGCCGAUCCAGGACCCAGCAUCGAACAAAAUUUGUCUGACUUUGGCCCCUUCCCCAGGACUUCAACUUGCAUGAGCACAACGCCGACUUUUCCGCCCCCGGAAGACCUUCUUGGGAGGUUCCCAGGCCUCGCUCCAUCACCAUUCCUGAAGCCGGAACAGUUUGGAAUGCUACCUCCGCCGGAGUCGCCCAUACCUGGCCUCUCCGUCCCGAACCAUCGCCAGAAUCUCUCCGUCACUUCGAUUGCAUCUUUCGCCUCUGCGCCUCCGUCACUCUCAGAUUACUCAGUUGACUUUUCCCCUGUGGCAAUCAAACAGGAGAGUCGCGAAGUCUGA